AUGCAAGUUCUGAAACGUAAACGGGCCCGAUUGGCCUGCAAGCCUUGCAGGGAUCGAAAAAGGAAGUGCGAUUCGGGCGAACCCUGCGUGACUUGCACUACAUGGGGCUAUGAGUGCUACUACGAAGCCCAACCACGAAAGUCUCGAACAAAUGAAACACUCGAGGACCAAUCUGAGCCGCGCUCGUCUCCAAAAACAGCUGCGGGGCCAAGCACUGUUGAAUCCGAUCAAUCGGGCAUGGUUCGCCGCUUAGAAGCCAAUUCUGGCGCUGCCUUUGUGAGGAAGCUCGGACUUAAGAUCGAUCCUGCAAAGGCACCUAAGCUUAACCUCUUUGGUUGGAAUAUUGGCACUCGAAAAUUGUCGGCUCAAACUAUUCCCACCACAGGCGCUUUGUCAAUUAUUGAGAUCACCUCUCUUGAUCAUAUGAAGGCUUUGACUCAGGUCUAUUUUGACAAGGUCGAUCCGUGCUACGGGUUUAUUGAUCGUCAUGAUUUCUUCGCAAGACUUGAUGCACGCUGGCUAUCCCCACUGACUCCAGACAUCUAUGAUAGCGUUCUAUCUGGUGUCGCUGCAAUCGGUUGUCUUUUUUCCCAACGAAAUGCCUCAACCACGGAGUUGCAUUUGGUUCGAACCGCCAGUUACUGCUUGGAUAUGCACCGUCUGAGAGGUCCUCCGUCCCUCGACCUCUUGACUGGAUGGGUACUGAGAUCCAUCUACUUGCGGCUAACGGAUUCGCCGUACUCAACGUGGGUGGCCAGCUCAACCCUCAUGCAUCUACUUGAAGCCGCAGGCCUUCACCCCGAGGCACCCGAAAAUUCAGUUCUUCCCCACUGCGCUCAAUGCGAUCCCGAUCUCCAAAGGCGAAUAGUUGGCGUCGCGCAUCAUUUGAACAUGUGGACCUCAUUUGAUCUGGGUCUGUCGAGGGUUUCUUUCCAAAAGAACGAUCUGCCACUCCCUCCGUCGCCCAAACCAGGAGAUUAUACCCACGAAGUUCUCGGUCUUUUAUCAAUUUCAGUCAGUCUUGACCCGGCUACGUUAAAAGACGAAACCGAUCUCACUUCAACCUUAGCCCAGCUUCUGGACGGAACACAUACACAGCCCCCCUCUGUCCUCGCCCAAUGCAACCUCGCCCUUUGCAUUCUGCGACGCAUCCACACCCAGAAUUUGGAUAUUCCUUCAAGCGUAGCAGACCGUGUACUGAUAUUAUUGAAAAAAGGACUUGGGUGUGCAAGUAGUAUGGUGUUAGAAUGCUCACCAUGGCAUCAAGUGGCGAAUGUGCCUUUUCAAAUCAUCUGUGUUCUCCUCACAAUGGAUACACGAGCUUCGCUAGCUAUACUUCCUGAGGCAAUGCAGACGCUAAGCUUGGUUGCAUCUACCUACAACACGGAAGCUAUGGCGGAAGCCUACAGCACGGCUUGUUUGUUGAUUUUAUUACAUCAACAACGCAGGAAAGAUGAUAUUAAUGUUUUGGGAGAAGCACUCAAUGUUCACCAUCAGGCUACACCGAUCGAGUCUCCACAACAGUUUAACCCGAAUGAAGAGGAGUACUCAUGGCUGGGUGCACUUGUUGCCGAUCUGCCUGGGCUGCAACGCGUUGAUCUUGAACAAUUCCUUAAUGCGGAUCUGCUGGAUGCGUCUUUAUUUAUGGGUGGUGCCAUCUGA